UGGCGGCAAUUCCGGGAAAACGCAAACUUUUCAGCAAACUUAUAAAAGAUAAAUGUUGGCAUCCUUAUCUUGGCUUUUGUUAGCAUUUUAGUAACUUCCAUGUUCUUCAGAGUGACUUACUUUACAUUUAAACAGGAAAGCACGACAGGGUAUGGUUAGGGAUGGGUGAUACAGCAAACGAUACGGCGAGCGUCGGCCAUGUUACCGAUGGAGACAAACCUCCUCCAUCGACAGAAAAUGAAGGAACAUUUAAAGGUCCUAAGUUUGAUCCCCCUGUCUAUCGUCAACGAUAUGCUGCAGUAUGUGAGCUAGUGAAGAAACAACAAGCAAAAAAGGUACUUGAUCGCGAAGCUAGUGUUAAAAUUCGUAAACAUACUGGAAUUUUUCGAUCAGUGAGUGGUCUGUUAGUAUAUAGUGAGCAAUGAAUACGCACAUUUUGAAACCAAAGAAAAUAAGCAGCGAGCUAAAAGCUAUUGUUACUGCUUUUGAUCCACCUUCACCUCAGCCAAUCAGGUGUAAUCGUAAACUUGCACUUGUAACGCAAGGAAAAACAACAUUUUAAGCAUACACAAGGUAAAGAACAUUCAUUGUUUUCCAGGGUUGUGUUGUCCGUGACUAUUGGACAUUAUUUUCUUAAGCUUACUCACCUACAGUCUGGAAUGGCUGAGUUAGGAUUUGUUACUUGACAUUUGGUACAGGAUGUUCUGGCUUCCUACAUCACUCUAUUCAAAAUUGACGUACUGCAAAAUUAACUUAUUCAUCAUCACUACCUCGGCUUCUUUCACCAAACAGUGAAAAAUAACAGUCCUUUUAAAGCCCAUCCAUGUUUGGAUGUGAAACUACCUAAAAACAAAUAGCUCAAAACUCUCAGUUUAUCAAAAGCAUUUACUCAAACCCCUUCUUGUUUUGGUAACACACAAGACUGAGUAAUGCCUAUGAUUCCUGACAAAUGACCACUUUUGAAUCUGUUGCCAGGUCCAUGCAGCCUUUCAUAGAGCAUUUAAUUUAAUUCUUCCUCAUUGUCUGACUUGGAGCUCUCGUGAUUAUAGUUUGCUUAGAAAAUAAAUUAAAUUUUUCUUCAUUGUAAACAAUUUCUUUUAUCCACAUUUAUUUAGGUUCUUGAUUUUGGUUGUGCUGAAGCAAAGCUAGUGAAAGCAUUGAUAUGUCAAGAUAAUUUGAUUCAUUUGGAAGAAUUAGUCGGUGUGGAUAUUGAUCAACAGCUUCUUGAAGAAAGCAAGUUCCGUAUUAGGCCAUUCACAGCAGACUAUCUGCGACCACGUACCCAUCCCUUCCAAGUUUCUCUAUAUCAAGGUAAUUUCAAUUCUUUUUUUUUCAGGUAUAAACAGUGUAGGUAAUUAAGUGCUAAUGCAACAAAAAUUAGGUUGAACAAAAAAUUAUCCCGAUUUUAAAUUCUUUUAUCAGGUUCUAUUGCUGAAGCAGAUGAGAGGUUCAUUGAUUUUGAUAUAAUUGCUUGCAUUGAACUGUAAGUACAUACCUGAAACUCUCCACCUAACACACAAAGUUGAUAUGUUACUGUGGUGCACUGUUUCAGACAAUACAAUAUUCAUGUUUUCACUUUUUUUUCCUUUACAUUAACCAAACAAAUUAUACACAACAUAUUGCGUAGGCUUUUCUUGUAACAUACUAUACUUGGUGUCAAAAUGUGGUAAGAACGAAAUCCGCUCUCAAAGCCUCUGGCAAGUUUUUGUGAUGUUCUUACCACAUCACUCAUGAUCUAUUACUGAACAUAUGCACAACAGAGUAGAAUGUUUGAUAGUGUAGUCUGAUCAUUUGGGUGAGGAUAUUCCUGAGAAGGACUGUUAUUAGUAGUGGUGACUGACUUUUUGACAACCCAAGCAGAGGUCAUCAACAGAGUCAAGAGUGGAAUGUGCUAUUGUUUUAGACAAUUAAGAGACAGAAGGGUAUCAAUGUUGUCAUCAACUAUAUGUCUGUACUUUUAGGAAAGAUGAUUAACCCUUUAAAUCACAAGAUCUGAUUGUUGAUUCUCCCUUCCAGCUGCUACACAAUUUCUUCUUAAUAAGUUAUGAUAAUUUGGUGUUAGAUCAAGAUAAAAACUUCAUCCUGAUAAGUUUGAGUAUUCUAAUACCUGUUUACUGAUUAUAGUAUGGAUAUCAUAGGGAGAGGUUACAUGUUGAUCAAUUCUGUGAUUAAAAGGUUACGAAACAAUCAAUAUGUAGGAAAACUUCUGAUAAGCAUAUACUGAAUAGGGUGUAACUGCCCCACAAUGCUGAGUCAUUCAGCCAUAAGAAUUUAAUUUUUUUGUAUUGAUUAGUCUGUAAAUUUUUUUUAAAGGAUAGAACAUCUUCAACCAGACAUCCUGGAUUUAAUGCCUGAAGCAGUCUUUGGUCAGCUGUCUCCUAAGGUUGUUAUAUUAACAACACCCAAUGUUGAAUUCAAUGUCUUGUUCCCUGACCUUAAAGGAUUCCGGCAUUAUGAUCACAAGUUUGAAUGGACCAGAGCAGAAUUUCAAGAAUGGUUAGUUCUUAACCAAAGUAUAUGAUGUUCAGUUUAAUUACCAAAGAAAACUCUCUUAUGGAGAUUUCAACCAAUGUCCCUCAGAAAACCAGUCAGGCUUUAUAUAACAGUACUAUAACAUCCCUAAAAAAGAAACAGGGAGAGGAGACAGUUCCAUGUAGGUAUGGGACGCUCUUGGCAGGGAGGGUCAUAUCUUAAGGUUUACGUGUGACAUUUGACCUGGAAACCGCCAACUAAUGAAAUUUUUAAAGGUCCCUGUGUUGCAAAAUAGGAAGGCAGUGACAUGGAACAACUCAUUUGUUUGGACCUUGGUGUGUACCCAUUUACUAAAAGAAAUUGGAGCUUUACAAUCAAUUAACAACUGAGUAUACAUUAAUUAAAAACAUACACACCCACAAAUAGUAUUAACUACCAACUACCAUUCAAAGUUUGUCAAAAGAAACCAGUAUAUUGGUAUGUCAUAUUAAAACUAAGGCUUCAAAAAGUAUAGCAUAGACCUUUGCCUAAACAAAUGUUUUACUUUUCAGGUCAAACACCCAGGCUCUGAAGUACAACUAUACUGUGACAUUUGAUGGGAUAGCUGCUGGACCCAAGGGAACAGAACACCUGGGUUGUUGCUCUCAAGUGGCUGUGUUUGAGAGGAUAUCAUCCUACCCUGCUUUAAGGAAGGGACCAGAGAUAGGCCAGCCAUACAAUCUGGUAUGGGUGUUGGCUUCUUUCUAUAUUCUCAAUUUCAUAUAUGUGGAUACUCACUUAACUCUUCAACCCCUAUUAGUGAUUCUCCUUACAAAAUCUUUGUUGAACCAAACAUCAAGAUCAGGAGAAUAAAGGAAAUGAUCACCCACCAGACAAGCUCUGUUGAACAAAUUCUCCUUGUCAGUACCAUUGGAAAUGUGUUAAGAACAGUGUGGAGAAUAUGCAUACUGAUUGAAGGGUGUCAAGGGUGAAGGAUCAAAUUAAGACUUUUGUGUCACUUCAGAACAUAGGACUGAAAAUCAAUGUAUUACUAGGGGUUGCGGUAAAAACAGUACAAAUUUGCUUUGAGUAAUCAGGCAUUAAAUAUUGCAAAAUUCCCCUCAGCCAGAAUUCUUUUUUUAAUAAAGUAAUUGCGUAGGGUUAGGGUUAGGGUGAAUAGAUAUUUCAAUGUGCCAUUUUGGCUUGGAAAACAAUUUGAAUUUGACUUAUAUCCCUGAACUUGAUUCCUAACAUUCCUGAAGGUUUUCAUUUGUCAACAAAAUUGACCUUGUACUUCAGCCUCCAUUCUUAAAAUUUUAUCGCCCUCUGACAACUUAGUUACUUCUCUUUGCAUUGAAAUUUAGAUUGCAGAGGUUCAGUUUCCAUAUAAAAAAGACACAAGAACAGAGGAAGAAAAGAUUUUGCAAGAAGUAGAAUACAUCCUCUGGAUGCUGUCAUCCCAAGAGGAGGCUCAUUAUUCAGAAGAGAGUGACAUGGAUUCACAAUCAAGUGACAAGGAUGACAAAAGUUUCUAUGGAGAGGAAAAUCACCUUACACAUGAUGAGGACUGUGCAAAAACACAUGUGUACUUGCUUAAGGAGUUACUAGGCUUCAGCUCCCUUCAAAAGUUUUGUAAUGAUAUUGAGAAACUAAGGUAAGCUGUUAGGAAUAGUGAAAAAACAUCCUUAAAAUAUACACCAGACUGUCAAAAUGAAAUAAUUAAUACUUAAGGGGUGUGAAAUAUUUAGCCCCACUCCUUCCCUACAUUAAUAACCCAUUCCCUCCAUUUGAUGCUACAUUCUGUUGAAGGGGGAGGGGGAAGGGGGAGAAAUGCUGUUUUGUACAGGUAUAUCCCACCUAACAGAAUGUGAUACUGAACUCUCUCAUCUAGAAUGGGGUAUCCUAAAAGGAAAAAGGCUUAAUAUUUAAGAGGUUUUUGUAGGCAACUUACAACUUUUUAGAACCUCAAGAGUUGUAGCUUAUUUACUACUGGAUAGACUCAGCAAAAUCAAAUGCAAACUUUUUGUUAUAAAUUAUUACUUACAAAAAAAUGCCAGUGACAGUGUCAGCUUUAUCUGUCCUCCUAUUGAUCAUACGAAAUGACUGAAAAAUGCAUUAUGUUGCAUAGCUCACCAUGUCAUGAAGAGUCAUACUUAAUAUCAGUUAUCAAAUUUUGAUAACCAAAGUAAUGUGUGAAAAAAACAGCAUUUACAAACUAUUCUUUAAACAAAAUUAACUAUUAAAUUAAAUAUUUACUUUAGAUCUGUGCUGAAAGAUUCUUCAAGGUUUUGCCUGACUGAAGAUGAAUGUGGAGUCCUGUGGCAGCAUCAGUCAUCACCACAGUGGAGCAGUGAAGAGAGUGACACUGGUUGGGAUGUAUGUGGUAAUGAUCAGGAGGUGUAUGAAUCAAAAAGACCUGACUCAGCAUGGACAGAACCUGAAAACUGGGAUACUGCAGAUGAAUUUAGUUCUGAUGCAAUUAUCAAGCAAACAACAGCUAAUGCAGAGGUCUGUUGGGAUUCUUCAAAUGAUUGUAAUACUAAAUAUUGGGAUGGCGAGGUCUGGACUAAAUUUGAAGAGUAUGGAGCGGAUGAUGAGUUUGAGGAAGAAAACAACUUCAAUUUGUAUGACAGCUACACUGCAGCAGUUUCACUUGAAAGUGAUGGAUCUGAGGGUGAAGAAAUUAGUGGUAAUGACAUUGAUGGACUUGUUUGGAUUACAGAGAAUGUUUCAAUUACAGAUGGGAUCCCCAAAUAA